UUCCAGUCGAGCUUUAGUUUCCGGCUGCACUUGCUUUGUUACCUCGGAAGUCAGCGAGCGGUACCGGCUUCCUGUUCGCUGUGCAUUGUGGGGCAGGCGGGACGCCAUUCGAUCGUAGAACAGACUGCACGAGUAGGUUGGAGCUCUUGAGAUCUCACCAUGUCUAUCGGAGUGCCCAUCAAAGUGCUGCACGAAGCGGAAGGCCACAUCGUCACCUGUGAAACGAAUACCGGCGAGGUGUACAGAGGGAAGCUGAUUGAGGCGGAGGAUAACAUGAACUGCCAGAUGUCAAACAUUACUGUGACUUACAGAGAUGGCAGAGUGGCGCAGCUUGAGCAGGUCUACAUUAGAGGAAGCAAAAUCCGUUUUCUCAUCCUUCCUGACAUGUUGAAAAAUGCUCCAAUGUUAAAGAGUAUGAAGAAUAAAAACCAGGGUUCGGGGGCAGGACGGGGGAAAGCAGCUAUUCUCAAAGCCCAAGUGGCAGCAAGAGGCAGAGGACGUGGAAUGGGUCGAGGAAACAUUUUCCAAAAACGACGAUAACCAGCUGUUUUUAUUUUUAUUUUUUUUCCUUAUGUAACUGCUCAAAUAACUGUUUGUUUUGAACUUUGAUUAAUAAAACUUUGUAAUGU